AUGCCAGCCCGUUUUCCCCUCCUCGUGCUUCUCGUCUCGCUAUCCGCAGCGCCGCUGCUCCGCCCCGCCAUCGCUUCCCCCCCGGAUGUCUCCGCGCUCUACAUCGUCCGCCUGCGUUCCGCGCCGCCCGUCGCCUCCUAUCGCGGCGGAAUCCCCGGCUACCCGGCAACGGCCGUCUGGGAGAGCGACCCUAACGGCAACGCGACAGAUGCGACGUCCGACGACACCGCCGCCGGUUACGAUGGCGGCGGCGGCGCUGGCACCGCUUCUGUUUCCUCCUUCGCCGCAGCUGGUGCGGCGACUACCAGCGGUUUAGGAUCAUGGCUUGGCCGCCGGUUGCGGCGGCCGCGAGUGGACGUGAGGGCGCCGGGCGUGAGGGCGUUCAAGCAGCUGCUGCAGCGCAUGCAGCAGGCCGUGCUGAGAGACAGCGGGGUGGCCGCGGGGAAGAUGGUGUACAGCUACAUGCACGCAUCGAACGGCUUCUCCGCGACCUCCACGCCCCUCGUUUCCCCCCUUCCCCACCCUCGUUUCCCCCCUUCCCCACCCUCGUUUCCCCCCUUCCCCACCCUCGUUUCCCCCCUUCCCCACCCUCGUUUCCCCCCUUCCCCACCCUCGUUUCCCCUUGCCCGCCCGCCCUCCCUUCCUCCCUUCAGCUACAUGCACGCGUCGAACGGCUUCUCCGCGACGCUCACGCCGGCGCAGGUGCAGCGGAUGAGGCGGCACCCGUCCGUGGCGUCCGUGACGCAGGCGCGCGUGGUGCGCCCUGCGACGACCGACUCGUACAAGUUCCUCGGCCUGCCCGGGUCGCUCUGGGCCGACGCGGGCGGACCCAGCAGCGCGGGGGACGGCACGGUGAUUGGCAUCGUGGACACGGGCAUAUGGCCCGAGCACGCUUCCUUUGACGACACGCCAUUCUUCCCCAUCCCACAACUCAGCUACCCCCUCCCUUCCCCUCACCUCAUCCCCUUCCUCCCCUUCCCCUCCUCCCCUCCCCACGCUCCCCCUCAUUCUCACCGCAUCGCCUACCCACGUCCUGGGAAGCAGGGCUACAGCAGCACGCUCCCUUCUGUGCAUGGAGGCCACGUGUCCCAGCACCACCCCACUAACCCACCGCUACCCCUCCACCCCUCCACCCUCCCCGUCCCCACCAGGGCUACAGCAGCACGCUCCCUUCUGUGCAUGGAGGCCACGUGUCCCAGCACCACCCCACUAACCCACCGCUACCCCUCCACCCCUCCACCCUCCCCGUCCCCACCAGGGCUACAGCAGCACGCUCCCAACAGGAUGUGUAUGGUGCAUGGGGUAUGGUGCAUGGGGUAUGGUGCAUGGGGUAUGGUGCAUGGGGCAUGGGGCAUGGGGCAUGGGGCAUGGUGCAUGGGGCAUGGGGCAUGGGGCAUGGUGGCGGCAGCAGGCAACAACAACGUGCCAAUCCCCAACAUCGGCACGGCCAGCGGCAUGGCGCCAGGGGCGCGCCUGGCCGUGUACAAGAUCUUCUGGCAGACCAACGGAUAUAUGUACGCCACCAGCCCAGACAUCUUCUCAGCCGUUGAUCAGGCCGUCGCCGACGGUGUGGAUGUGCUGAGCCUGUCGCUGGGAGGAGCCAGUCCCACCGACACCUACUUUGACGACGUGCCCUUCAUCAGCGUCCAUGCCGCGGGGGUGUUUGUGGCCUUUGCAGCGGGCAAUGAGGGCCGCCCAUCGGCCUUCGCAGCCACGGGCUAUCGCACGCUCUGCAACUUCUCUCCUUACUACAUGACCGUGGGCGCCAGCACCAUCACUCGCAACGGAGCAUCCAUCUCCUCCACAACAGCGGCAGCCACAUCAACAGCAGCGUCCCUCGAAACUCCCUCUAACACCACAACUCCCACAGCCCUUGCAGCAGCCACCACAGUGUCAACCCUCAACGGAGCGCGCAUCCCAGCCAGCAUCUCCCCAGCAGCCACCGCCGCCCCGGUAGUCGCCUACUUCUCCUCCACCGGCCCACUCGCCAAGCCCUCAGCCGCCACACCAGCAGCCUACCCCUCCAACACCAUCCUCAAGCCCGACAUCAUCGCCCCGGGGGUCCAGCUCUACGCUGCUUUUCCCGGCAGGACUGUGGGCUCUAAGGGAGGGUUCGAAGCGCUUUCAGGGACGUCAAUGGCCACACCGCACAUCGCUGGCAUUGCUGCUCUCAUAAUUCAGCAGCAUCCUGAUUGGACGCCCUCACAGAUCAUGUCGGCAAUGAUGACUACAGCAAGGACUACUAAUACCGGUAACGGGGCGAUUAAAAACGAGUAUGGGGCUGCUGCGUCGCCGUGGGAGAUUGGAGCGGGGCAUGUGGUGCCAGCUAUGGUGGUUAACCCCGGGUUAACCUAUGAUGCCGGGGAGCAGGACUUCAAGAACUUUCUUGCUGGGCAGAACUAUAAGCGGGCGAAGGGUGAAUUCGGUACGGCUUCCCUCAGAGCUCUCUCCGCGAAGAAUCUGAAUCGGCCAGCUAUCUCGCUGCCCAAAGUGCACAACAAGGCUUCGGUUACACGGACUGUAACAAAUGUUGCGGAUACCACGUCAACGUACACAGUGAGGAUCAAGAAACCUGCUGGAGUGAAGGUGAAAGUGUCGCCAUCAAGCUUCACUAUUGCACCCGGGCAACGAAAGACUUUUACGGUGACUGUGGUGGUGAAGUGGGCUUCACAGUCCUUCAAGUUCGGCAGCCUCACGUGGGUGGACAACAAAGGGCACUCCGUGCGGUCCGUGCUGGCCGUGCAGCCGAGUAGUGCAUGCUGGUUUGGCUGCUAA